UAUCUGCCAUUUUAUUUGCUGAAAACUGUGAAGUAACCCAUGACCAGUUAUGUGAAUUGCUGAAGUAUGCAGUUCUGGGCAAAUCCAGUGUUCCUAAACCCAGGUAUGAGAUGAACUUAAAUGGUUGGUGAGGAUAGACCCGAGGUUUCGAACUAGUGUCUAGAGGGUCCUAUAUUUCCUUAAUUGACAUUACUUGUUUGCCAUACAGAAUGUCCGAAUUUUUUUUUUUAAUGAAGGGGAGGGGCAGAGAGAGAGGGAGAGAGAGUCCCAAGUAGGCUCCAUACCCAGUACAGAGCUGGAUAUGGGGCUCAAUCUCACAACCCCAAGAUGAUGACCUGAGCCAAAAUCAGGACUUGGAUGCCUAACCGCCUGAGCCACCCAGGCACCCCUACAUUUUUUUCUUUACAGGAAUUGCCAGCAUUUAAUUUGAGAAUUCCUUUAUUAAAAUCCAGAUACUUGGGGAUCCCUGGGUGGCUCAGCAGUUUAGCGCCUGCCUUCGGCCCACAGCGUAAUCCUGAAGUCCUCUCUGUCUCUGUAUCUCUCAUGAAUAAAUAAAUAAAAUCUUAAAAAAAAAGAAACACCCUUUUUAAAAAAAAUCCAGAUACUUUAUCUCUUCUGGUUCACUUCCCUUAUUUACAUUAUCUGUCUGACUGCUUUUUGGAUUGCAACCCUCUUGGGAGCUUCCUGGGUGUAAAGUGAAACCCGCCCCACUUACUUGGAGGGCAGGGAGAGACUGAAGAAAGAGGCAGGCCACUCCAGGUUGCUGGUGCCAGCUUUUUCACCAAAACCACCUGAACAACGUAGUGGUUUUUGUACUGCAGGGAAUGAGCCAGCUACACUUUUACAGGUUCUAUUUGGAGUUUGGAUUUCUCCGAAAGGCAUUCAGACACCCAUCUCCAUUCUUUAUUGGACAUUUUCAUCCAUUUACCCUUGAGGGAUUCAAGUUGAAAUUCCGCUUGCCACCUCCAUCAUCUAAUUUUCUAGCUGAUAUCAUUGGACUGAAAAAGAAACAAGCAACACGGGAUCAAUCCAAAAUGGGGGAAGGGUCUUUACCUUCUACCAGUUCAAAAGUCAGAGUCAACCUGCAGAAUGACCCUAUUAUUCAAAAGUAUGGCUCUAAGAAAGUGUGCUUAACCAGAUGCCUUCUCACAAAGGAGGAAAUGAAAACAUUUCACUUUCCAUUACAAGGGUGUCCUGACUGUGCAAACUUUGUACCUACCAAAUGUAAUGGUUCUAUAACAGACAACAGUCCUCUCUUUGGACUUGACUGUGAAAUGUGUGUCACAUCCAAGGGGAGAGAGCUAACGCGCAUCUCACUGGUUGCUGAAGGAGGCAGCUGUGUUAUGGAUGAACUCGUUAAACCUGACAACAAGAUUCUGGAUUACCUUACCAGCUUUUCAGGAAUCACAAAGAAGAUUCUUAACCCAGUGACAACCAGACUCAAAGAUGUACAGAGACAGUUAAAAUCACUGCUUCCUCCUGACGCUGUGUUAGUGGGCCAUUCCUUAGACUUGGAUCUCAGAGCACUGAAAAUGAUACAUCCGUAUGUUAUUGAUACAUCAUUGCUUUAUGUCAGAGAGCAGGGCAGAAGAUUUAAGCUAAAGUUCUUAGCCAAAGCUAUUUUGGGGAAGGAUAUACAGUGUCCAAAUAGACUUGGUCAUGAUGCCACAGAAGAUGCUAGAACAACCCUUGAAUUGGCUCGGUAUUUCCUUAAGUAUGGCCCAAGGAAGAUUGCAGAACUAAAUCUGGAGGCACUAGCUAGUCACCAAGUAUUGCUAGCAACAGGCCAAGAGCUAAGAAAUACAGCAGAAGUAGUUCAGCAGCCAAACACAAGUGUUUUAGAAUGCUUGGACUUAAUGGGUCAGAAGCUCCUUUUCUUGACCCGGGAACCAGAAACUAGUGAACUUUCUUCUGCUAGAAACUGUGAAACUGUUAAGUGCCUUUCAAAUAAAGAGGUUCUUGAGCAGGCCAGAGUGGAAAUUCCCCUGUUUCCCUUCAGCAUCGUCCAGUUCUCUUUUGAACCCUUUUCACCCAGCCUCACUGAAGAGAUGAACAAGAGGAUGAGGAUGAAGUGGACAGAGAUGUCAACUGUUUAUGCUGGGCCAUUUAGCAAAAAUUGCAACCUCAGGGCUCUGAAGAGGCUUUUUAAGAGCUUUGGUCCAAUCCGGUCAAUGACUCUUGUUCUUGAAACCCAUCAGCCACAUCUCUGUAUACAAUAUGAAGUCCUGGAAGCUGCUCAGCUGGCCAUAGAAUCCUUGGAUGGCGUUCUGGUAGAAGGUGCCUGCAUCAAGGUGCAGAGACCUGUGACAGAGCUCACCCUUGACUGUAACACUCUUGUGAACGAGCUAGAACAAGAUUCUGAAAACCGAGGUACUAUAUACCUGUCUGGAGUGAGUGAAACCUUCAAAGAACAUCUCUUGCAGCAGUCCAACCUCUUCCUUGGCCUGGAAGCUGUGAUCUUGCCUAAAGAUCUUAAAAGCGGAAAGCAAAAAAGAUACUGUUUCCUGAAAUUCAAAAAUUUUGGCACUGCCAAGAGGGCCCUCAACAUUCUUAAAGGCAAGGACUGGAAGCUGAAAGGCCGGCACGCCCUAACCCCCAGGCAUCUCCAUGCUUGGCUCAGGGGCUUACCUCCUGAAUCAAGAAGGCCCCCGGGGAUUCGUGUCAUACCUCCCCCCUCUGAGCAGCAGGCCUUACAGGCUCUGAAGGUGGACCACCCAAAGAUAGCAGCCUGGCGCUGGGGCCGGAAGAUAGGAAAGCUCUACCACAGCCUGGGCCCAGGCACCCUCUGCCUCAUCCUGCUGCCAGGCACCAAGAGCACUCACGGAUCAUUCUCUGGCCUAGGAUUGAUGGGAAUAAAAGAUGAAGAGGAAAGCACCACCCCAAACGUGUGUUUGUGAGUCUGCCCAUCAUUUUCCAUGUGCCAUUUCUUAUCCCUUGUGGGCAAUGGCAGAGAAUGUGGUCAGGCUAAAGUUCAGUCCAUUUAUAUGGCAUGUACAAAUUUUCAAUAAAUGCCUAAAAUUCAAGCAUUCUUCAUCUUAA